GCAGCUCGGGCAGAGCCACCGGCGAUGGAAUCGAGGAGAUAGGAGGACCGCCGCCAGUGGCGGAACUAAAUAGCAUAAACAGUCGUCAUGUCCCCUACAAAAUUCCUACACUUCGGCACUGCAAUCUCCCGAGCAACAUCCAGAUCUCUAUCGCCACUCCUCUUCCCCAGAAGAUUCUUCAUCAACUGCAGCUCUUCUACUACGCUAGAUUCCGCCGGCGACGGCGGCGUUGAUGCGCCUCAACCACACUCCAGCCUCAUUCACCACCCCUGGCCUGAAUGGAUUUCCUUUGUCGACGGCCUGAAGGCCAAAGGUUACUUGAUCGAACCUCCUUCGGAGGAUGCAAACGGAGAUGGGAGCGGUGGUGAUGCAGUGACGCCAUCCGAGACUGAUUACAAUGACAUGAACGUGCUGAAGGAUGCUUGCCUUAGCUUUGCGCGCGACCGCCACGAUAUUUUAGAGUCAUUGUCCAGAGAUGAUAUCCAAACGGUUAUGAAGGAUGGAUGUCCCAAUCUCUUCCGGAAAGUUGUCAAUUCAGCUAAAAGGUUAAGGGCUUAUGUGCAUCUAGAUGAAGGGGAGGUUUGUGGUACUUGCAACCUUCGAGGCUCCUGUGAUAGAGCUUAUGUUAUUAUGAAGGAAACAGAAGCUGCAAGAACUGUGGAUGUAGCUAGAAUAUUGUUGGCCUAUGCAUUGGAUCCACUUGUUUUGUCUGGAGGGGACAAAGCUUUGGGUAGAGAGCAUGUCGAAGUCUCUAUCAGGAAAUUGCUUUCUGAGAUAUCUGAACUGAGUGAAGAACCCAUUGAGGCAGCUGCAGCAGUGAAGGCUGAUACAAAAACUCCAUCUAGAAAAGAAAAGCCAUCAAAACUUACAAAUGAUGCAUUGUCUAAAGAUGUUGAGAUGAAAAGAGGAGAUUGGAUGUGCUCAAAGUGUAAAUUCAUGAACUUCUCAAGAAACAUUCACUGCUUAAAGUGCAAAAGCAAGAGGCCGAAGAAGAUGAAUGUUGAAGAAAUUGGAAUGAAGAAGGGAGAUUGGAUCUGCCCGCAAUGUGAAUUCAUGAACUUUGCGAGCAAGAAGGAAUGUUUGCGAUGCCGAGAACAUCGUCCAAAGAGGGAGCUGAGUCCAGGAGAAUGGGAAUGCCCCUCAUGUGACUUUUUAAAUUACAGACGGAACAUGAUGUGCCGCAACUGCAAUUGUGAGCGACCUAAACAAGAAAUAAGUGCCGAGAACCAGGAACGUCUAUGGGAGUCACCCACGGAAAGAUGAAACAACUAUUUUAUGCCAUUAUUUUGGCUCCAAGUAUAUAAAUUUUCUCUCUUUCCAAUUCCAUGGGAUGUUUAUUCACUUAAUGAGUAUUGUCGCACCAAUAGUCUAGAAAUGAGGGUUUUAUCCAUUC